GCCGGAAGUGCCUUCGUUAGUUGCCGGAAGAGAAGGCCCCGGCUAACGGCGAGAGCCCAAGAUGGCGGAGGUGGAAGAAGUGACCGAGGGGUGUCGCCUCCCCGUGUUGCGCCGUAACCAGGAAAACGAGGACGAGUGGCCGCUGGCUGAAAUCCUCAGUGUCAAGGACAUCAGUGGCCGAAAGCUUUUCUAUGUUCACUACAUUGACUUUAACAAGCGCCUGGACGAAUGGGUGACCCACGACCGGCUGGACUUGAAGAAGAUCCAGUUCCCCAAAAAGGAGGCCAAGACCCCCACCAAGAAUGGGCUGCCCGGAUCACGGCCCAGCUCUCCGGAACGUGACGUGAGGAAGACCUUGGAUCUGUCUCUGCAGCCAGCUGCACCUCCAUCCAGCGGUAAAACUCUGCCCAUCCCGGUGCAGAUAACACUCCGUUUUAACCUACCUAAGGAGAGGGAGGCCGUCCCCAGCUCGCCCGACCAGCCCCUCUCCUCCAGCUCCUGCGUCCAGCCAAACCAUCGCUCGACGAAGCGGAAGGUAGAGGUGGUCUCCCCGGCAACCCCCAUCCCUACUCCGACCGAGACCACGCAGGCCCUGGUGUUCCCGCAGAAUGGCUCUGCCCGCCGAGCGGUGGCCGCCCAGCCCGGUCGGAAGAGGAAGUCCAACUGCCUGGGCACGGACGAGGACUCCCAAGACAGCUCGGACGGCAUCCCCUCGGCCCCCCGCAUGACCGGCAGCCUGGUUUCGGACCGGAGCCACGACGACAUCAUCACGCGCAUGAAAAACAUCGAGUGCAUCGAGCUCGGGCGGCACCGCCUGAAGCCUUGGUAUUUCUCGCCGUACCCGCAGGAGCUCACGACUCUGCCUGUCCUCUACCUUUGCGAGUUUUGCCUUAAGUACGUCAAGAGCCUCAAAUGUCUGCAGCGGCACCUGACGAAGUGCGAUUUGAGGCAUCCUCCCGGGAACGAGAUCUACCGCAAAGGGACCAUCUCCUUCUUUGAGAUCGAUGGGCGGAAGAACAAGAGCUACUCACAGAACCUCUGCCUGCUGGCAAAGUGUUUCCUGGACCACAAGACACUGUACUACGACACGGACCCGUUUCUCUUCUAUGUCAUGACCGAGUACGACAGCAAAGGUUUCCACAUCGUUGGGUACUUCUCCAAGGAAAAGGAAUCCACAGAGGACUACAACGUUGCUUGUAUUCUUACCCUGCCCCCUUAUCAAAGACGUGGCUAUGGCAAGUUGCUGAUCGAGUUCAGCUACGAGCUCUCCAAGGUAGAAGGGAAGACGGGCACGCCAGAAAAGCCGCUCUCAGACCUGGGGCUCCUCUCCUAUCGCAGCUACUGGUCCCAGACCAUUCUCGAGAUCCUCAUGAACCUCAAAUCGGAGACCGGGGAGCGCCCGCAGAUCACCAUCAAUGAGAUCAGCGAGAUUACAAGCAUCAAGAAGGAGGAUGUCAUCUCCACGCUACAGUACCUCAACCUCAUCAACUACUACAAGGGUCAGUACAUCUUGACUCUGUCCGAGGACAUCGUAGACGGACACGAGCGGGCUAUGCUGAAACGAAUUCUGCGUAUCGACUCCAAGUGUCUGCACUUUACCCCAAAGGACUGGAGCAAAAGGGGGAAGUGGUGAGAGUCCGUCUCUUUGACUGGGGGGUGGGCUUGCGUAGGCCCACCCCCAUGACUGGGGAUCAGGCAGGCCUUCCCGCCAUACCCCCCGAGAGACCUUUUCGGCCAGCCCUCCGUAGCAAGUGCCGUUGGCACGGCACACCUGUCGGGGAUUUCGGGGCGCCCACACCCUGGACUGCCUGGCUGCUUGUAUACGAGACUUAAGCAGGUAUCUGUGGUGAGCCAUGGUGUACAGAAGCUGCUGCUCCACCUGCCCUCCCCUUUUGGAUAUUCCCUGUUGAAACAAACACGCUGCUACUGCCACCAACAAACACACACACACACGCACACACACGUCGGAGCUUGGAGCAACGAGGGUGGGGCUUCCUCACCGCACCGUGAUGAAGAAACGCUCACAGCCGCAGCCCAGCCUUCAAAGCGCGCUUCGUUCCGGCAGCCGUGCCCGGGCCAGAAACGCAGAUGGGCUGCAACUGAGCUUCCUGCGGUGAACUUCCAAGCCGCUCGCUGCUCACGAGGCAGCUGCCCUCCCGAAGGCUCCCAGUACGUCCGACUGUGUGGAAGCGUCCGUUGUGGCGAAGCCCGUCCGCUUCCCUUACUCGGAGCGGGGUGCAUUAUUUCGUGGUGGCGAACAGCAAGGCCUUCUCUCAGCCGCCCGGCCAAACGACGGAUCUUCGUGCACCGGGGCACCCCUCCGUGCAGGCUCCGAAGGAAAAAAAUCCACAACCAGCCGAUUUCUGUGAUCAGAAUAAAUUAAUGAAGUUUUUUUUAACCAGA